UUUCAAAACUUUCCAGAAUCGCUCUAUUUGGCCCAAAAGUUAAUGGGAUUAGGUCUACGCAUAAAUAACUAUACAACAUGCUCAGCAUGUAACAAGUUGUAUGAUCCUGAUAAAGUAACAAGAAAGCUUGAACAAAUCCCGAUAUUUCUUUAUUGUAAUUUUGUAGAAUAUCCUAACCACCCAAUAUCUAAGAUGAGGCAACCUUGCAACCAACAAUUAACAAAAGAG